GCGUGCGCGCGCACGGGCGGCCGGUUUUAUAGUUCGGCGGCGCGGACGUGCGCGUUACCGAGGACCCUUUGUGUGGCGGCGUAGAGAAGCGCGGUGAGGAUAACCAUGGCGGACGAGAAACCCAAGGACGUGAAGACAGAAAACAACGACCACAUUAACCUCAAGGUUGCGGGUCAGGACGGCUCCGUGGUGCAGUUCAAAAUCAAGAGGCACACGCCGCUCAGCAAACUCAUGAAAGCUUACUGCGAGCGACAGGGCUUAUCGAUGAGGCAAAUCAGGUUUCGGUUCGAUGGGCAGCCCAUCAACGAGACGGACACACCUGCACAGUUGGAAAUGGAAGAUGAAGAUACGAUCGAUGUGUUUCAGCAGCAAACAGGAGGCCUCUACUGAUUGAAACAACCUGGCGGCGGAUUGUUGUUUUUAUUUUUGCUCAUUUUGAGAACUGUUCCCAUUACCAACACCAAGAAAAAAAAGAAAUCAGUACAAACUUCGAGAGGUUUUCACAGUUAUACUAAAGUACUGUUGUAUAGUGUUUCCCUUCUUCCUUUUUUUUUUUUUUUGCUUUGUACAUAAAAAAAUAACCUCAGUGUUGAGACACACACACGCACGCACGCGCACACAUUAAAACACUGAAAUGUAGCUUUUCAAUAGCGGCCCUUGUCACAUCUGACCAAAAGUGAUGCUAUUUAGUUGGCUGGAGGGGUGAGAGAGCUGGUUCCUCUGAAGGUACAAUGCUUUAGGUUUGCUAGUGACAUCACCCUGAAAUUAGUAACCCAGUAAAUGAUUUUUUUGUCUCAUUCCAUGGGAGAUUGAGAUUUGUUAAUUGUCAGAUUAACUGCUUAUCCUUUUGUUUUAUUUUAUCAGAAUGGAUGGAUUUUAUCUUUUUUUUUAUUGUAGUGGUUACAUGUAGAAUCUUUUGUCUUAAUAAUAGUAGUUUGAUUAGGCCAUAUGAAAACUAAAUCCAAAAGGGGUUGUAGUCAAGUCAAACAUCUGUAUUGUUUAAUAAAUUUCUUGUUUAAAAUAAAAUUCUUUUUAUUUUA